GUUGGACGUGAAGUAUCACUAACUAGGAUUCGGAUAUCUCCGUCAACUGAACGAUUUCAGUCUUUGGUAAGUUGCUAACGAACAUAUUAUUUCACAACUGUAGGACUUUUUCACAAACGAACUUAUCGAGCUGCUUGUACAACAGAGCCAAUUAAUCCAGUUUUUUAAGUUGUUUUACGUGAAUUUUUCCGGAGACUAACAGGGACUUCUCUUUUAGAGGACACUACCCACAGUUACCGCAGCUUGUACCAUGCUAUUGAAAAUGUUGAAAGUCUCCUUAUGAGCAACAAAAAGCACAUCGUCUAGUUUCGUUACCGCUCAAGAAAGUUUCCUGAACUUUCCUUUAUUCCCAAACAUCACUCAUGCUUCAUGCUCGAUUUAGAGCCAACGCCUUGGACUUAAGCUGCGUCUAGAAUGUUCUACCUCAAAAUUUUGUUGUUCUUUGCCAAUGAUAGCAGUAAUAUAUGAGAAAUGUUUUGCAUUACAAUAUAUGAAAACUGUGGUCAAGGUCUGUAUUUCUACCAAAGUUCUACAUUUUUUGACCUUAAGGCUUUUUUUCACUACUUGCAGGAGACAACGUCUUAUUUUACUAACGUUAGACCACAGUCAUAAUAAAUUCAAGUUCCUGAUGUGCUCGAGUGAUUUGGUGCCUUACGCCCAUAACAUAUUCCUUUCUGCUAUCACAGGAUACUAAUAACUUUUUUUUUAAAGCUAAUGAAAUUAAGCUUAGAGUUAGCAUCCCAAAGAAAGAGAUACGUGAUACAACUCACUAUGACUGUGAAGAUGACUACCGCACAGGUUGUCGAAACGUCAGUCACUGUCAACAACAACAGUCCUAUUCAGGACUACGUUCACCCGGACGAUCAAAUUCAACCUACUUCUGAAAGAAAGAGUGUUAAAAAUCAUCCGGGCAAAAAUUAUUUAGCAUUUAUUGUUUUCUUCUUCCAAGUAAGAAGGUAAACCUAAAUGUAUAUUACAUCCAACCGCAGAUCCACAAUGAAAGCGUCUAUGACAGCAGCCAUUCUUUUCUUCGUCCUGGGCGUCUCCCUUGGACGUAGCCGCUUUUCUAGUUCCGAAGUUUAUGGUGAUGCUGACGAUGUUACAAUUCCCGGUAAGUUCACUGACUGCGAAGUUACUUACCAUUCAUUACUCCAGGCCUUUAAUUGUGUGUGUGUGUGUUUGUGUACAUAGCGAGCCUUUAAUUUGCGCCCAACUCAAGGAAAUUAAUUGCAUCAUCUACAUAUUUUUGAAGCCAGGAUAUUUUGCAAAAUUAUAAAAGAAAUUGUUAUAUUCCUAGACUUUCACUCAACUAAACAGGGACAGCCAUUGUCUGGUUCUUGGUCACAUGGCCUUGACUAAAAUCAAAUGUAUCCCGAUCGUGAUACAUUACAGCACGUGACCAAAGCAUGGUUUGAAACGGCGUGACAGAAGGCGGGAAAAACAGUGCCAGUUUUCUUUUUCGUGAAUGAACAAACAAAACAAACAUGAAGCCUCAAGCUAAAAAGCAACGAUUUUCAAAGUUAUCCCACAAGGGAAACAGCAGCUAGUGGAGGAAGAAGAUGCCGAUAAUAUAAGGAAAGUACUUUGUAAAUCAUUCAUUCAGUGGUUUUGAGAAUCAAAUUUGUGUUCUUAUACAUAAGUACCGAGUCGACUGUUUUGAUUCGUUUCGCUUAAGCGUAUUCUUUUGUUGCUGUUGAAGUACGUUGAAGUUAAAUGCUAGGAAUAUAACAAAACAAUUAGUGUCAGGUCCCUCGGGAAACCAGUUACUUUUGUUUUUUCCUCGAGUCCUGUUUCCCUCGGGAUCUGACAACAUUAAGUGUAUAAUGUCGAUAUAUUUCCGUUUAAUGUAGACCAUGUCAAGUGAACCAACCCUUCACUGAAAACUUUACCAGUUCGUUUUCGGACAUGUCAUUUAUUUUCAUCGUUCCCAAAAAUCUUCUUCAUAUACCAUCAGAAAUUUUGGGGAGAAAGCUUACUGGAACAGGAUAUCAUGUCACUGCAGAAACAGAAAAGCCACCAUAAGGAAAUUCUAGAGUAAGCAGAAAACCUCUGGCGCCGAUCUGUUGAAAAAGGCUCGUUUUAGAGCCAACCUCUAGGACCUAAGAUGCAUCUAGAAAAUUCUAUCUCAAAGCUGUCUUGUUCUGUGGCAAUGAUAUCAAUAACAUAUGUUAAAUUUUCUGCAUAUUAAUGGUGAAAAGUAGUGAACAGAGUCCAUACGUCAAAGCUGUUGCAAUUCUACAAAAGCAUUAGUAAUCCCGGUGUUGUGGUCUGGCCUUUCUGGUCUGGGUGAGUUGGGUGGGGCCCUUUCCCUCUCGGCACCUUUGCCCAGUAGAAUAGAGAAAACGAAAACGGGUAUGGAUAUUUGUAUUUAUGGUCAAAAAAUGGGGGGUGUCCUUCCUUGUAAAGUUUGAAACAGGGUAUGGAUUUUUAUAAUAUUGAUCAGAAAACGUGCACGUUUCAUUCUGUGGCCUGAAAAUAGGGUAGGGAUUGUUACAAUUUUAUUCAAAAAUGGUAAUGUUUAGUUGUAUGGCCUGAAACAGCGGAUGCAUUUGUACAAUUUUCAUCAGAAAAUUUCGUUCUAUGGUCUCAAAUAGUGUAUAGGUUUUGAACAAAUUUAAUCAGAAAAUAUGCAAGUUUCGUUUUGUGGUUGAUCUGAAAUAGGGAAGGAAUUUUUAAAAUUUGGAUGAGAAAAUGGGUACCUUUCCUUCUAUGUUAUGGAUAUUCACAAAUUUUAUCUGAAAAUGGGUAUGUUUCGUUCUAUAUUGGAAACAGGGUAUGGAUAUUCCCAAUUUUGUAAAAAUUUUCUUAAAAUGGGUAUGUUUCCUUCCAUGGUUCUAAACCGGGUAUAGACUUUUACAAUUUUAAUCAGAAACUAGGUAUGUUUCGUUCUAUCUUUUGAAACAGAUCAUGGAUUUCUACAAUUUUGAUCAGAGCUUGGCUAUGUUUCAUUCUAUGGUUUAAUUAGAGAAGUGAUAUUUCUAAUUUUGACCAAAAGCUGGGUAUGCUUGGCUCUAUGGUGCGGAUUAGAAUAUGCAUUUCUAAAUUUUUGAUCAGAAAAUGAAUAUUAUUCGUUCUAUGGUCUGAAAUAUGCUAUAGAUUUUUACUGUUACUUGAACUCUGGUUCAAAAAUUGGAUUUUAAAAAACAUCAUUUGGUGAGAAAUUAGGCGCCAGAAUUACUCCUUCUGAUCUCAGAUGGUCCCGCUUACCCCUACCUAUAGCUAAAAUUUCGAUGAGUUCGUCCCCCCGAAAAGCUGUUCAAUGACUGCUGUUUUUAGGACAGUGAUAUUAGGAAGUGUCACAAACACUUCUCUCUCACCCAAAAUCGAUUUCAAAACUGCAUCACUUCCAACAAAAAAAAAAACUGUUUUCUUGCUGAAUGUAGCUUCUCCAAGCUCCAUCAAUGAACAGCUCUAAUAAAAAUAAUAAUAAUAAUAAUAAUAAUAAUAAAAUAAUAAUAAUAAAGAAGAUGGGUUAGUGCCGAAAAUUUUUUUUUCCACUUUUAAACAGCAUUAAUGACAGCUAAUGUUAUGUAUACAUCAUUUUAAACACAUGCAAAAUCAGUAAAGUAAAAAACUUUUCUUAUUAAAAUAGUAAACUAGCUUAUUGCUUAUAACAAUGAUAUAUUGUUUUAAAAUUUCAUGGUAAUAUAUCUAGUAUAUUUCAGUAUUUACUAAUCUACAUUUUCUAUAAUUUACAAAAAAAAUUAUUUCUAAUAAUAAUAAUAAUAAUGGUCUUUAUUAAAAUAUUAGAAACAAACGUUAAAACUUACAGAGUAAAAAGAUUAAGGAAAACUGUCCAUGAUUAAGACACUCAAAAGCAAAAAAAAUUUACACUCGUGUAAAAAUCAAAUAAGCAUCUAUUUACAAAGCAUUUUUUAAACGUUUCGGUUUGGACACGUUGGAUCAGUUAGGGGUGUGCUGUACUGUGAAGAGCUCCGCUCUUACGAGGAGGAAGGAGCUCAUGAAGCGGGUGCUUGGGAGUGCCAAAUUAACAACACUGUUAUAUAACUUCCUGCCCCUUUGCUUAAUAAUCUUCUGAACCAGUGUAACUAUUUAAUAUAUCCUAUAAAUGCGGCUGAGGUAUUUAGUUUGCUAGGCUACUCCGGAUAUUCACUUGUUUGAUGCAAAAAUGAUUAUCUUUAAUUCUGUGGUCAGAAACAGAGUAUGCAUUUUUAUAUUUUGAUCAGAAAAUGAGUAUGUUUCGUUCUAUGUGCUGAAACAGGGUUAGGAUUUUCUUACUUUUGAAGAGACAAUGCGCAAGUUUCCCUUUGUGUGGCCUUAAAAUAGGGUAGGGAUUGUUACAAUUUUGAUCAGAAAAUGGGUAUAUGAUUUAAUUGUACUAUGGCCUGAAGUACGGUAUUUAUGUGUACAGUUUUGAUUAGAAAAUGGGUAUGUUUGGCUCUAUGGUCUGAAACAGGUUAUGCAUUUUGUACAAUUUUCAUCACAAACGCUUCGUGCUCCGGUCUUAAAAAGCGUAUAGAUUUUAAAAAUUUCGAUCAGAAACUGGGUAUGUUUCGUUCUAUGGUCUAAAUUAGGUUAUACAUUUUUACAAUUUCGAUCAGAAAAUGGAUGUGUUUCGUUCUAUGGUCUGAAACGUGGUAUAGAUUUUUACGUUACUAGAACUGCGUUCCAAAAGAAAGAGAAUUUGGUGAGAAAUUAGUUGCCGAAUUUACUUCUUCUGGUAUGAAAUAGUCCCUCACACGUUACCUAAAAUUUCUUUGAGUACAAUCCCCGGAAACUUCUUCGAUGUUGCUGUUUUGAGGACUGUAAUAAAGAAGUCUCACAAAUGCGUCUCUCUUGCUCAAAAUCUAUUUAAAACUGUAACAAUUUCAACAAACAAAAGCGGUUUUCUCGUUGAAUGUAGCUUUUUGAAGCUCCAUCAAUUAAAAGCUCUACUAUGGAUAGCUUCUUCUAUGGAUAGCUCGUGUUUAGACAGUUUUGACCUUCAGAUAUCUCUUUCUGAGUACGUCACGCUCUUCUGGGAAAGAAAAGAUUUAACGCUAGCUUAUGUCUGUGUUUAUGAAUGCUAAUUUUACAGAGAAACGUUUUUUGUGGUGGUGGCAUCCUCCUGCUCCUCCAAGCACACACAACACUUGGAAUGGCGGCAAUAAUAAUGGUGGUAGCGUCAGCAAUCAACAAGGUGAUGUUGCAAGUCCAGGUAAGUUCACUAAUUCCAAAGCUACUUAACACUGAUAAGACGACCAGGAUGUUUCGCUCUAUAGUGUAAACCAGGCUAUGGAUAUUAACAACUUUGAUCAAAAUAUGGGUAUAUCCUUUUAAUCGUCUGAAACAGGGUGUGGAUAUUUACAAUUUUGAUCCAAAACUGGGUAUGAUUCGUUCUACGGUGCAAAAAAGAUAUAGAUAUUCAAGAUUUUGAUGAGAAAAUGUGUAAGUUUCCUUCUUUUAAACUAAAUAGGGUAUGGAUUUUUAUACCUUUGAUUAAAACACUGAUCUGUCUGAACACGGGUCUUUCGUUCUAUGGUCAGAAACAGAGUAUGGUUUAUUAUAGUUUUCACUGACUCCACAUCUAUCUAACAGUGGUCAGAAAAUCAGCAUGUCUCGCUCUAUGGUGUAACACAGGGUGUGGAUAUUAACAAAUUGGAUCAAAAUAUGGGUAUAUCCUUUUAAUUGUCUGAAACAGGGUAUGGAUAUUUACAAUUCUGAUCCAAAAAUGGGUACACUUCCGGUUCUAUGGUCUGAAAAAAGGAUGAAUGUUCAACAUUUUGAUCAGAAAAUGGGUAUCUUUCGUUCUGUUGUGUCCAAAAGCGUAUUGAUAUAUUAAAAUUUUUCAUCAGAAAAUGUGAGUUUCCUUCAUACACAUGAAAUAGGUAUGGAUUUUUAUAAUUCUGAUCAGAACACGGGUUUGCCUCGUUCUACGGUGUGAAAGAUUCAACGGAUAUUCAUAGUUUUGAUCCAAAUAUGGUUUUCUUUAGUUCUAUGGUCAGAAAAAGAGUAUGGAUUUUUAUACUUUUGAUUAGAAAAUGAGUAUGUUUCGUUCUAUGUGCUGAAACAGGCUUAGGGUUUUCUUACUUUUGAAGAGACAAUGUGCAAGUUUCCCUUUGUGUGGUCUUAAAAUAGGGUAGGGAUUGUUACAAUUUUGAUCAGAAAUUGGGUAUGUUUUGUACUAUGGCCUGAAGUAGGGUUUUUAUGUGUACAGUUGGGCAUGUUUGGCUCUAUGGUCUGAAACAGGUUAUGCAUUUUGUACAAUUUUCAUCACAAAAUGCUUCGCUUCGUGCUGUGGUCUUAAAAAUCGUAUAGAUUUUAAAAAUUUUGAUCAGAAACUGGGUAUGUUUCGUUCUAUGGCCUGAAUUAGGUUAUGCAUUUUUACAAUUUCGAUCAGAAAAUGGAUGUGUUUCGUUCUAUGGUCUGAAACGUGGUAUAGAUUUUUACGUUACUAGAACUGCGUUCCAAAAGAAAGAGAAUUUGGUGAGAAAUUAGUUGCCGAAUUUACUUCUUCUGGUAUGAAAUAGUCCCUCACACGUUACCUAAAAUUUCUUUGAGUACAAUCCCCGGAAACUUCUUCGAUGUUGCUGUUUUGAGGACUGUAAUAAAGAAGUCUCACAAAUGCGUAUCUCUUGCCCAAAAUCAAUUUAAAAACUGCACCAAUUUCAACAAACAGAACCUGUUUUCUCGUUGAAUGUAGCUUUUAGAAGCUCCAUCAAUUAAAAGCUCUACUAUGGAUAGCUCGUGUUUAAAGACAGUUUUGACCUUCAGAUAUCUUUUUCUGCGUACGUCAAGCUCUUCUGGGAAAGAAAAGAUUUAACGCUAGCUUAUGUCUGUGUUUAUGAAUGCUUAUUUUACAGAGAAACGUAUUUUCUGGUGGUGGCAUCGUCCUGCUCGUCCAAGCACACACAACACUUGGAAUGGCGGCAAUAAUAAUGGUGGUAACGUCAGCAACAAACAGAAUACCGGUGGCAACGGUGGAAGCAACUCUUGGACUGGCGGGAACGGAAAUACUGGAUCUGUAUCUAACAACCAACAAGGCUAAAGGGGCUUUGUUU